AAUUAAUCAAAGUCCUGUCAUUCUAUUCUAUUAUAUUGUAUUCUUGUAUCAGCGCACUGCCCAACCGUCAUAAUGACAAUCAAAGUCUUCGUUACCGGAGCCACAGGCUACAUCGGCGGUGACGUCUUGUACCAUCUACAUCAGAGAUAUCCGGAUUUCGAAUAUGCGCUGCUUAUCCGCUCCCAGGAAAAAGCAAAGAAGGUGCUCUCUAGCUACCCGAAAGCCCGGAUCGUCAUUGGCGCCAACGACGAUUCUGCAUUACUGGAGCGUGAAGCCGCAUGGGCUGAUUUUGUCAUCCACACUGCCGACUCAUCAGAUCAUGACGGUGCUGCGAAGGCUAUAGCCAAAGGGCUCGUGCAGGGUCAUUCCGCCUCGCGACCUGGAUUCUGGUUGCACACAGGUGGAACUGGGAUUCUGACGUACUUUGACUCGGAAGUCAAGAAGACGUUUGGAGAGGCGGAUGACAAGGUAUUCAAUGACCUUGAAGGCAUCAACGAGCUAAUUAACCUACCUGCGGCGGCGUUCCACCGCAACGUGGAUGAGAUCGUCCUUAACACCGGUAUCGAACAUGCCGAUGCGGUCAAGACGGCUAUUAUCUGCCCACCUACGAUCUAUGGUGAGGGCCGUGGACCGAUCUCUGGUCGCGGACGACAGGUCUAUGAACUUGCUUCGUUUGUUCUGAAAGAGCAGUACUGCCCUCGCAUUGGGAAGGGUCUUUCUCGGUGGAAUAACGUCCAUGUCCGUGAUUUGAGCAGGGUGUUUGAGCUGCUGGUACAGGCUGCAAUGGAUCCGUCUUCCAAAGAUGACCCCGAGAUCUGGGGAGCGCAUGGUUACUAUUUCACGGAAAAUGGUGAGCAUGUCUGGGGCGAUUUGUCCGUAGCCGUUGGCGAGGAAGCCUUUAAGCAAGGGUAUAUCAAGGGCGGCGGGGCUCCCGAGCUUCGAGACUGGUCGAUUGAUGAGGCUGUCAAUUCAUCGGCGGGAUUUGAGGCGGCGAGCUGGGGUAUGAACUCGCGUGGUGUGGCUGCGCGAGCGAAGAAAGUCCUUGGUUGGCAGCCGCAGGAGCGAAGUCUGAGCGAUGAGUUGCCAGAUAUCAUUCGGUCCGAGGCAGCUAGAAUGGGAGUUUAAUAUGUUGCAGGUGUGAUAGGCACACCAUUUUACAAGGGGCUAUUUGUGAUUGCUAGAUAUGAUCCCUACCUCUUAUUGAGACUUGAAGGCGAACCGCAUUCCUAUAGAUGAUCCAUACAGCUACUAUGUAAAUUAGAAAU